GUCUUCACCUCCUACGUCAUGCAAUGCCUCCUAGUAGUCGUCCUCUGGGCCGGUCUCGCCGGCUUCUCCUGGCACAACGCCCGCCGCGGCCGACCUGAUCGACCCCCAAAAGAACCACACCAACAACACCCUAACCAACCACCCCACGACCACCCAGAUAAACCCAAGCAGCAAGAACAGAUAGGCCCCCACUUCCAAGCCUGGAUCUCCCUCCUCCUCGACUCCCACAAAGCCCAAUGCUACUUCGGCGGCACCCUGAUGCUCGCCGUCCUCGCCUCCGACCUCUUCUCCACCUCCUUCGUCACCACCUUCCUCGUGACCCCGCUCGCCACCAACUCCAUCCUCCCCCUCAUCUUCAGCUAUCUACUCCUCGUCUACUUCCGCGCUUCCACACCCGCCACCGCUAUCCUCACCACUGUGGUCUAUGUCCUAGCGUCGCUGGUGUACUGGGUGUUGUAUAUCCGGUUGAGGCUUCCCGAUGGGAUGACGAGGGAUGGGAUGUAUAAGAGGUAUAGGCUAGGUGUGUCGUCGUUGGAGGCGUGUGGGGAGUUUUCGGGGCUGGCCGUGUGUCCGGAGGGGGAUGCGGAUAGGGAUGAGUUUGCGGAGGGGAUUGGGGCGAGAUUGUUGUUGAGGGUGGUCACGCCGAUUAUUUGGACGUGGGCUACGGGGGUUUUGGGGGUGUUGUUGCUUUUGCCGGUGUUUAGGAGGUCUGGGAGGAGAUCACGGCAGGGGAAGAAGAUGGAGAGGGAGUUGGCUGAGAGUGGGAAACAAGGGGAUGAGAACACGGCUCGGUCGACGGGGGAUACAACCCGCACAUGGCACCGCGUGGUGUUCUGGUUGAGUACAGUUGUGUUUGUUCUUGGUGUCGGGAUGCAAGGGUCGGUCCUGGCCACGGCGAUCCGGCUUGAUAUGGUUGAUAUUCAUGGGUGGAGUUUCGGUCAGAUCGUGGCUGUGACGGUGUGGGUGCCGCCGCUGUUGGAGUAUUUCUGUGGGGAGAUGAGCGGGUGGCAUCGACGGAGGAUGGGUAAAUGGGGUGGGGAGUAUGAAGAGGUGCCGAUGAGAUAG